UUUGUCCCAGUUGUAAAUUUUCAGUCUAGAUUCUGUGUUUUUGUUCUCUUCCACCGACACAAUUUUCUUUAUUUAAUUUUUUAUAGGCUAAAUAGAGUUAUUAGCUUCUAGCUUUCACCCAAAAAAAAAUAAUUCUUAUCAUGUGUUAGUUAAUAAUAAUAAAACAAAUAAUCUCACUGAAAUUAGUUUAAGUAAGCGGCUAUUUAAAUGGGUCAAACAAAAAGCCAAUUUACCGAUGAAGAACUUCAAGAUUAUGAGGAUUUAACAUUCUUCUCGAAAAAAGAAAUUCUCUUGGCCCACAAAAAAUUCAAAUCUCUUGCUCCAGAAAAGGUCGGUCAUAAUAAAAAUGCCAAAUUAUCAAAAUCCAAAAUACUGGAGUACCCGGAACUACGGGUGAAUCCAUUUGGCGAUCGCAUUUGCAAAGUGUUCAGUUCCAGCAACGACGGCGAUUGCACCUUCGAGGACUUUCUGGACAUGAUGUCGGUGUUCAGUGAUGCAUGCCCGAAAUCGUUAAAAGCAGAAUAUGCUUUUCGUAUAUUUGACUUCGACGGCGACGAUAUGCUGGGCGUAUCUGACCUCAAACAAGUCAUUGAACGUUUGACGGGUCCAAAUAAUCUCAACGACAGUGAUAUUAAACAACUAAUACAAAAUGUUCUUGCCGAGGCUGAUUUGGAUGAUGAUGGAGCAUUAUCAUAUCCAGAAUUUGAACAUGUCAUUGAUAAAGCCUCCGAUUUUAGCAACUCUUUUCGAAUAAGACUUUAAAUAUAUUGCACAAAAACAAAAAAAAAAAAAAAAACAAAAAAACAUGGCAUAAAUUUUCUUACAUAUUUAUAUCAAUAUUUAUUCAAAUUCUCAUAUAAAUAAAUGAAAAAUAUUCUCUCAACACACAAAUUGUAUAAUACACAAACUACACAUAUAGUCAACUUAUCAAUGAUAAAUUAUUAAGUUUUAAUUUUUUUAAUUUUUUUUUUAUUUUAAGUUUAACGAUAUAAUGCGAUCUUGUCACACAAAUAUUUAUUAUAUAUUAUUAUACCUAUAUCUACUACAACUAUACAUACUUUUACUAUACAAACAAAAUU